AAUCGGUGUGUACCUAGACCGAAGCAGCGGCUGUUCUUAUGAUUAGGAAGAAUGUCGCGUCCGCAGGCAGAGAGCGUCAUAAAGAAUAUCAUUCGGGAAAUUGCCCAGGAAUGUGCUGCAAAGGGACACUCCGUGUCUGAAACACUGGUGGCUUUUAUGGUGAAAGCUAUUGUUUUGGACCCAAGUAACGGGUUUAAUGUGGACAGAACACUUACCAAAAAUGAUGUGCAGAAGCUGAUUAAGCUUUGUGUGGAAAGACUUCUUGAUCCAAAAAGCCCUUCACUCGAAACAAUAAAGAUGCAAGUUUACUUCGAUAUGAACUACACAAGUAGAGGUGAAUUUCUGGAAGAACAUCAUCGUGUUCUGGAAUCCAGACUUGCCCCCGUAUGCCGAGAGAUCACAGACAGCCGGGCGCGCACAGCCGAGGAGCUCGAGAGCCUAUAUCGCAAGAUUGUCAGCUAUGUGUUACUGCGCUCAGGGCUUGGCUCCCCUACGGACAUUAAGGUCGUCAGAGAAGCAACAGCUGCCUUGCAGAGUGUUUUCCCUCAUACCGAGCUUGGCACAUUUCUGUCUCUUGUAAAGAAGGACAAGGAGCGGCAGCUAAGAGAGUUGACCAUGAUCGUAACUGGGAUCAGAUUAUUCAACAAAGACUCCGGGAAAGGCGGUGAAGGCAUUGACGAUCUACCGACAAUUUUGAAAGAGGCCAUCCCAGCCACCACGAAGCAUAUUGAAUCAGAGCUUGAAGCCUCUCGAGAGAAGAUAUACCAGUAUACUGCUCUAAUUGAAUACAUGGGUGAGAACAGAGCACAAAGCAAGCUUCUCAAUACAAACCAGUUAACAGAAGCUCUGUACAAUUCACGGCAACACGAGGCCUUCUUAAAUAUUAUUCUGUCGGAUGUGAUCGCCUGCGCACAACAGGUGGAAAUGAUGGACAAGCAAUAUGGAGCACAAAUGGAACAAUUAAGAUCCACUGUUCGCUCAAAGACUGCGAUUCCCACAGCGCAGGUUUAUCCACUCUUUAUUGUUCUUUCUAAUCUGUGGAACGGUUUCCAGGACGAGAUUGUACUUUUAAGUGUCCUGAGUAACAUGACCACACAACUGCAACCAUUCCUAGGGAUCCACGAAGAGCUCCUUCCCUCUGACAUCAUCCAGCCGCUUCUCAGUGAGAUUGCAGUAAAAAGUGACGAUGAGAGGAUUAAGCAAAGCACAGGAACCCGCGUAAACCCUUCUGAUUUUUUAGCUCAGGAGUGGUAUUUCCCAGAAACGACAGCUAAUUUUGAUCGACUUCCAAUCCAGUACCAAGGAUUUUGUGGCUUCACCGUUGCUACAAAAGAUGGCCUCCUGUUGCCCGGAAACCCAGACAUUGGGGUGUUAAAACAUGUAGACAGGUAUUAUAGUUUUUCCUCCAAGGAAGCUGCCUGCAGAUUUGCUCAGGAUCCAGAUCACUACAUUCAUCUGAUUGGGGAGAAAGCCAAGAAAUGUGCAGAACUCAUACAGUUACUGGAGCUGCAUCAGCAGUUUGCAUCCAUUACUCCAUAUUCCCAGGCUGAAGCUGCAGAAAAGUUGUUGAUGAAGCCAAUCACCAAAUGCAACAGUAGCACACAGACUGACACACAUAUAAUGGAAACUAAUAUCGUCAAGUCUUACGAGUGGAAUGAAUGGGAGCUGAGGAGGAAAGCAAUCAAACUGACUAAUCUACGCAAGAAAGUGACCCACUCAAUGCAGACAUAUUGCAGCCAUAUGAGAAGAGAGAACUUCACCCAGGUGUACCUACCAAAGCAAGCUGGAACUCAAACCAAACGUGAUAACGCAAGCAAUGUCCCCAAGCCACAGAUCUUUCUGGCAGGAAUCCGUGGAUGUGGAAUGUCAAAACCUACUAACAUGGUUAAAGUUAACUUGACCAGAGCUGUUGAUGAAACCUAAGAAACAAGCACUCAAUAUACUUCAUGAAAUAAAUCUUUCUAUACUUUUCAGUUAACCGCCUCUAUGCUAAUGUCUGUGGUACCUCUGAUUUUGUGCUUUAAUUCCUGAAAUCACUGAAAACAUUUUCAUGGACUAUAAAUGGUAUCCUAGAA